CGCAGCUCAGCUCGUAGGGCGCACGGGAAGGGAGGGAUGAUGGUCUGAAAGGCCGUGCUCCUGUCCCCAAACUGCAGAAGCAAAAGGGCGUCGCGCCCUGCGGUAGCCAAUGAGUCAGGCUGGAGCCUCUCCGCGCCAGGCGUGUGGAUCCAGACCUUGACACAAAGGACAUCUAACUGCCGGGGACAGCGGACACUUUGGCGGCGCCUUCCCCUUUAUUUCUCGAGGGGUCUCAAGAAUCCAUACUUGCUGUUGUCUACUUCUAAGGACACUAAUCGCGGAAGAAGUUUGGACUGACUUUUUGACUGCAGACGCCUGAAUAUGAUGCAUUUCAAAAGUGGCCUCGAGUUAACGGAGUUGCAGAACAUGACGGUGCCCGAAGAUGACAACAUCAGCAACGAGUCUAAUGACUUCACUGAAGUAGAGAAUGGCCAGAUAAAUAGCAAAUUCAUCUCCGACCGUGAAAGCAGAAGAAGUCUCACCAACAGCCAUUUGGAGAAAAGGAAAUGUGAUGAAUAUAUUCCAGGAACGACCUCCCUGAGCAUGUCUGUCUUUAACCUGAGCAACGCCAUUAUGGGCAGUGGGAUUUUGGGACUCGCCUUUGCCCUGGCCAACACUGGAAUCCUCCUUUUCCUGAUACUUCUGACUUCGGUGACAUUGCUGUCUAUAUACUCAAUAAACCUACUAUUGAUCUGUUCCAAGGAAACGGGCUGCAUGGUUUAUGAAAAGCUGGGAGAACAAGUCUUUGGCACCACGGGGAAGCUGGUGAUUUUUGGAGCCACCUCUCUACAGAACACUGGCGCGAUGCUGAGCUACCUCUUCAUAGUAAAAAACGAACUUCCUUCUGCCAUAAAAUUCCUCAUGGGAAAGGAGGAGGCAUUUUCAGCCUGGUACGUAGAUGGCCGCGUCCUGGUUGUAUUGGUUACCUUCUGCAUAAUUCUCCCGCUGUGUCUCUUGAAGAACCUGGGGUAUCUUGGCUACACUAGUGGAUUUUCCCUGAGCUGCAUGGUUUUUUUCCUAAUAGUGGUUAUCUACAAGAAAUUUCAAAUCUCAUGUAUGAGUAUAGAACAAAACUCAACAAUUAGUGCCAAUGUCACUGACAUGUGUACGCCAAAAUUUGUUACCUUCAACUCAAAGACGGUGUAUGCUUUACCAACCAUUGCAUUUGCGUUUGUCUGCCACCCAUCUGUCCUGCCAAUCUACAGCGAGCUCAAAGACCGAUCACAGAAAAAAAUGCAGAUGGUUUCCAAUAUUUCCUUCUUUGCCAUGUUUGUCAUGUACUUCCUGACCGCCAUCUUUGGGUACUUGACAUUUUAUGAAAAGGUGCAAUCAGACCUCCUUCACAAGUACCAGAGUGAAAAUGACAUUCUCAUCCUGACUGUGCAACUGGCUGUCAUUAUGGCUGUCAUCCUCACCGUACCAGUCUUAUUCUUCACUGUUCGUUCAUCGUUGUUUGAACUGGCCAAGAAGACCAAGUUCCACUUGUGCCGCCAUGUCUUGGUGACCAUCAUACUCUUGGUGAUUAUCAACUUGUUGGUGAUCUUUAUUCCCUCCAUGAAGGAUAUUUUUGGAGUCGUAGGAGUGACGUCUGCUAACAUGCUCAUUUUCAUUCUUCCUUCAUCUCUUUAUUUAAAAAUCACAAACCAGGAUGGAGACAAAGGCACUCAGAGAAUUUGGGCGGCCCUUUUCUUGGCACUGGGGGUGUUGUUCUCGUUGAUCAGCAUCCCGCUGGUCAUCUACGACUGGGCUUGCUCAUCCAGCAGUGACGAAGGCCACUGAGACCAGCAAGGAAGGCCAGCGCCUGCCCCUGCCCAUCCAGCCACCACUCAUCAGCGGCCCCUUCGUCACUGCCUUUGCAAGUUUACAGACAGACAGAAAUGCACAUGACAACCCUCGGGCUAUGACACAGAGACCUGCUUCUAGAAUGCCUCGUGUCCUCCCAGGAUAUCCACUUAGGGAUUGUGGAUUUUAUCUUUUCCGGAUUUCACGAAGUCAUCUUUCCCUCUCCGCAUUAUGUUCUGUGGCUUCUUCUCUGUCUCUUAGAACUUUGGAAACACAAUCAUCAGGUGUAUUCAUUUGUUAGACACCCAGGUUCUAAAAUCGUUUUCCUACUAGCAUCCCUGCUCUGCUCUCUGUAUCUUUUUAGAAGAGAAAAUAAUCUUGAAUUGUAUAUAUUUAUUUUGCUUUACAGAAAAAAAGGUUUCAGGAAAAAAAAAAAAACAAAAAAAAGGUUUCAUAAAUACUUUGCCUACUUUGGUUACCAUAGCACACAGGGGUAAUCCUUUGAGAGACAGGUUGGUGCCACUGCUGCUUCUGAGUUUGCCCUGAGAAUCAUUUGAGGCGGCUUUGAUCGCCCAAUGUGGGUUGUCCUAGACCUGCUGGUACUCCAUCCUGCUUCCACACGGAGCUAUUCCCUGGGAGUGUCUGUGGCUGGAAAGGGGUGGGCAUGGCACUUGUGGAAAUAUUAAAUGCACAUUUGGGAGAGCUCACACAUUUAAACUUUGCUUACCCCUUUGGCAUCUGGUGUCAACAGUUACUCUAGGCUGUGGAGUCACCUGCUUGGGGUCCCGUGGCUCCCACAGUAACAAACAAGUCUGCCCAAGAUGCCUAAGGAAAUACUCCAGGUGCAGACAGUCUUCAAUCUGGGUCCAUACUGUUGAAGGGGGCGAUGGUUUGUUGGUUCAUAAGCCUGGCAGCAUUUGGUCAUGCCCACCAGCUUUUUACAACAGAGAAUAUGUACCUAAGGAUGACCCAGGAUAGGUCAUCCUCUUUUAUAUCGGGUACUUUACUUUAGGGGAGUCUUUAAAAGACUUGUUUUAUAUCUAUAAAUCUAGGUUAUUACAAAUACAAGAUUUUUGUAUCUUAAAUAAGCCUCAUUUCUAUUCUCCAUUAACUCUCCAUCCAAUCUUGAAAGUAAACCUUCUGAGAUAGUCUUUGUGGAGAACUUCUGAAGUCCCUGUGUCCUCUCUUGCUCCCACUGGGGAAGACAAGAGGCCCUUCCCUGUCUGUGUUUCUUGCUUUUAUCACUUUACUGCCUGUCCCAUGUGACCCACACAGGAGGGCAGAGUAGCCUCUACUGUCUCCCUAGCCCCCUCAAAGGGGACCAGAGAAUGACAAGGAGACGGAAAACUACAUGAGCUUUGGACACUGCAGCUAGGGAGCCCAGGGCAGCAUGUCCUGCUGGUGGGCAUACCUGUGGCUGCCCAUGGCUUGGCUACAGUAGGGAGUGCACCUGCUGUGCGACCACUCUGCACACAGGGCUUGUAGUGCAUCCAGAUGCAUUCUGGUUGAAUUCUCAGAUACAAAAAUGCACUGAGCACAGAUUUCUUACCUGGAGACAGGUAGAUCUAACACAGAGAGUUGGCAGAGGGCACAGACACUCAGCUCUACACACUGUUUCUACUCACUGAAGUCCCCCAAACUCCAGGAAUCUCAUGAGAGUCACACAGAGAAGUCCCUUCAGACACUGAAGUCCCACAGAUAAUGUAGGCAUCAAAGCGCCUGCCACCAUCCUCUCGAAGAAGGAAAAGCUACUUCCUGUAUCACAUUAUCCCCUUGGUACAGUGCUUCAGAGUUCUGUCCACCUUGAGUUCAGGCAACUGAACACUAGGCCCUAGACAGGAAAAGGGGAAAGCCCACAGCUGCCUCUGCCCUUUUUGGGAAUUCUUUCCAUGUCACAGAGAAUGGUAGGAAACUUGCCAACCUUUGUAGCUUGUUUGGCACUGUUUAAAAAAUACAUUGAUUCGGUUUGCAAGCUAUACUACUUUCUGUUUUCCUCAUUAUCUUGUAACCAUUCAUUAAUUUUACAUUCGUGAAGUGAAUUCAAAAUCUAUCACUAACUCUGGGAUGUGUUGUGAUUUUGGAUCUCUGGAUUUUAUGUGUUGGUAAAACUAAUGUAUUAUUUACAUUUUUUAAGGCUCCUUUAUGUAUGUACCUGAGUUUGUUUGAAUGUAAUAGACCUUGCUGUCAUUUGUCAGGUACCUCAGAUUAAUUCCAUGGUUUCUGUGGUGUUCCUGUAUACUGUUUUUACUCUUGUUCAGAAUAGUGAACUGGUAGCCAAAAAACGUACCUGUACCACAGAUGUUCAGUAGAAUUCAACAGCACAGUUAAAUGCAAUAGACAUUUUUCUGCUAAGUUAGUAGACUCUGGAGUAGUAGGCCUUGACCACAGUAGAGCAAUGUUUUCCUGUGGCACAUAGGAUCUCCACACUGUUGGCCAGGGCCAGUUUCAUACUUUGGGUCUAGAUCUGUUCUCUGGCUACUGUAACACAGAAUACUGUAGAUUCCUAGCUUAGUGUUGCUGGUUAGAAGUAGGGUUAGCCAAGUGUGUGCAGAAAGAAAACCCAUCUUUUAGACAUGGACGGGCAGUCCCUAAGUCACAGGGAGAACAUACUCCAAAGCUUUGUAACCUGGGAUGGAUUUUCUGAAAUAUGUGAAGAUUAGGCCCCCAGAGCAGCUGGAAGAGACUACCAAACCCACAGUUUCGCUGAAACACAAUAGUGUGCCAGGCCGCAGAAGAACCAGCUCCCCAGAUAGAAUGGAGGCAUGGGGGUGGGGUUCACAUCAGAGUCACCAGGAGUAAGGCUCUGCCUGUUGUUGUGGAAUCCAGACUUUGUUUCUGCCACAGUAUCUGCUGGACACUGGGUUUGGGGUUCCACCACAGUGGCCUGAAACCUGAGCUCCUGCAACUUUAGAGGAACUAAGUUCAGAAACCUGCUGGUAGGAUGGUGAUGAGGGAGGAAGAGGAAUUCCUUAGCUACCACCUCUUAUUUUCUCUGAAACUCUCAAGCCUGGCCUGGCACUUCCUGUCCUGUGGCCUUCCCCUGGUAGUGUUCACCUCCUUGGCUACUGACAGACAUCAAAGCUCCUCUCAGGUGUCAGCUUUGAGACCAGCAUACAGCACUCUCAAUGUCUUCUGUUUCAACCAUGAUGGAACUGCUUGGUAAUCAGAUGAAAAGUACAAAAGGGGUCUCCAUCUUGUCUGUUUAUGGAUCAUAUUGAGAAACAUAAUGACGCCUUUGGGAUGGGUUGUAGAGGACCGAGGUCUGCGGUAAGAUGUCUCAGUGUUUCAGAGGAUGAAUCCAACAGUUAUGGCAAGAAUUCUGAAGUUGAACUCAGGCUGAUGUCUCUCAAAUUGUGGCCCCCAGACCAGCAGCAUGGACCUCAUUUGCAGACUCAGGAUACAAAUCCUCAUCGCCACCAGACUGGACAAAACAAACCUCUCUGCAAGCAUCAGGUCUAGACUCCCAGUGAUACAAGUGGCAUCGAGUUUGGGAACCAGUCAGUCAGAAGGAAGUUUCUGGGGUGAGGAAUUGGAGCCAGGACUCAGAAAGGGUGGAAAAGAACUACAGCCAGUGUCUGUGCAAAUGCAGGAGGCAUCUAGUGCGGGGACCCUACCCGAGUCCCUUCUUGCUGGAAAUGCAAUACAGGGGCAUUAGUGAAACUCUAGUGCCUGCACUUUAGGGAAAAUGGCGUAAGGCACUAAUAUAUUUCCUUACAGCUAUGAAGAUACCAAAUUGAGGCUUUAAAAAAUGUAGGUAAAUUAAAAUGUCUUUUUGUAAAUGCGACUCUAAGAGCACUGUUGAGUUUUCAGGAGUCAGUUCUCCAAGAGGACUGUGUUCAUGGUUGGCAGAGAGCUAGGUGCGAGGCCCUGGUGAAGUGCAGUCCUGCCAUUGUAAAAUAUAAAACCAGUACAAUGAUUGUUCUAGUGAAAGGUCCACACUGCUGAGGGAGCUGCAGGGGCUGUAAAGGGAGAGCAAGAGCCAGCCUAUAUCAUUGGAACACGGUGUGAGGCAAGUUGUUAACUGGAGUAGGGCAGGGUCGGUGGUGUCAUCAUAUGCCUGGUGUAUGCCCAUUCAUCCACUUAGAAAGAGGAUAGGCUUUAAGAAUGGCAUUGCCUAUUCAGGGGAACAUCUGGGCACUGGGGGAAAAAGUCACACUGUCACCUAGCAGUAUUAAUCAGUGGUUUCCUCAUGAUGGCAGAGCUGAGAAUCCUGCAAUGGAACAUACUCCUCUAAAAUGAAGUAAAUUGUUGAUUGUAAUAAAAGACUUUGGGCUUGUGGGUAAUAACUGAAGAUGAUGAAAAUCUAAAGGGGUGGGUUCUUGAAUAAUGCAAAAUUCGCAUGGAUGCAGAUGUCUUUCUUGGGGUUUCCCUGAGGAAGGGCCGUAGAGCUCUGGGCCUAUCUGUGUACAGGCUUGAAGAAUCUAUGCAUAUGAAGCUCUCUUUAGGAAUCCUUCAUUUGUAUGUAAAUAUGUUGUAAAUACAUAGGAGGCUGUAUAUUUUUGCAGUUGAUGAUCCACACAGAAAUAGAGAUCACUAGUAUCUGCGUAUAGGACAUAUACAUUCUCAUAGAUGUUAGUGGUUUUGUUUGGGAAUUAGAAGAAUUUUAACCUUCUCUCCUAUAGUUCUGUGAACGUAAACCUGGGGCCUAAAACCUUAAUGGUUCAGAAAAAAGUGCUGAGAAAUAACUGUUUUGAUUUUUUUUUAUGCUGGUGUUAUGAUCUAUUAUUUAGAUGAUACAAAUGAGGAUGGCUUAGAAGAAAAUCAUUGUCAUAGAAACAGAUAUGCCCCAAAUGAGAAGUUGUUUCUUCACAAUGUUCUUUUUCAGUUCAUACUGAUGCUACUGCAUAGUAUGUAAGAAAACAGAAGUUAGGGUGUUUUGUUUUUUUCCAAAAUGGAAUUCUCUUUUCCCAAACUUUGGGAUCCUCAGGGGAGGGCUGAAUUUCAUGAGCACAGAUUUGAAGGAAAACAUCUUGUUAUUUACGCUUUGGAAGGUCUUGCAUGUUUGCCUUUUAGUGUUGAUGCCAACACAGACUGUCUUGUCUGUCCCCCCCUCCCCACCACCCAACACUUGAGACUUAACCAUUGGUACAUAAUACAAUCUCUAGAGUCCAGUGUGUCUUAGGCUCCCUCUGACUCAGUACAUGUAGCACACCACUGUUAUUAUUAAUGUAAAAAUCUUGUAAAUGAUUUCUGGUGGGCAUCCAAAGUGAGUCACAAGUCACAAAACUUUGCUGUUCACUGUCCAUCAUAUAAAAUUGGGUUGUUGUUGCUAUUUUUUUUUUUCUCCUUCAGGUGUGGUAUAAAUAAGAAAGUGUAAGAAGUUAUGUUCUUUAAAGGCAGUGUUAACAUAGUUUUAAAAUAUUAAAAUGUGAAUUAAAAGUA